AUGUUCAUGCCAGUAUUUGGAAAAAAACCUUGUAACAUUGCUCUUUUUGCCAGACUACUGGCAACUGUGGGUGAGACCCGUCUUACCAAAAUCCUUGCCAAAACCUUCGUAAAAGCUCGUCUUAUCGAGGUCUCUGAUGUUAGCGGUGGGUGCGGUGCAAUGUACAAAAUACGUAUUGAGUCGGAGGAUUUUGGAGGUAUGUCUGUAUUAUCUCAGCAUAGGGCGGUGAAGGAGGCUCUGAAAUCUGAAAUUAAGGAUAUGCAUGGAUUGACUAUUUCAACUAAAUACUGA